AUCUCAAAUCCGGACAAGUAGAAGUUAGCUUAGUGGCAGAAGUUACAUUUAAGAGGACAGAAAUCUCCACAUCUGGAAUUUGAAGUAGGUAGGAAAACUGUCUAUAAAAAAACUAAACAUUUGUUAUUGGGGACGAAGGAACGGUUACUAUUUCACUAAAAUGCUUAGGCGAUCAACAGCAUGGUGCUUUUAAUUUAUUCGGGUAUAAAAAUAGCAACACUCACUACCCUCCAGACUGACAGUUAUAGUAUUAUAAUAUUGUUACCUCAUGCUUCUUUUGACUUUGGAUUCUGACAGCACACUUGCCUUAAACUGAUUAUCUCUGAGUGGUGACUGUCUUCUUUUUAUGAUUAAAGGCUACUCCCAUCUGGGCAUGAUAAACUCAUCUCGACACUUUUCUAAAAUAAAACGAAAAUACAUGGGAACUCCUAGGAUAACGAAGGCUAUCCUUGGUCUCUUAGCUUUAAGUGCUUGCUUAUUGUCAGUAAGGGCAGACUCUCCUGUUGUUGAUUUAACUUUGGUUGCGCCUUGGAAUGCACCUAGUUUGCUCAUUGAAAUCGCUGAAACAGUUGCGACGCAUAAUGAGACUUCUUAUUUCAAUAUGAUUCAGGAAUUCAUUUCUCUUGAGAAAGAAGCUUCAUCUUGGACGGACCAACAACUUUACAACGAAGCCAUAAAUGUUGUCUCAUCUUUGGGCAAAGACCAAACCAACUUUUUAAAAAUUGCUUUGGCUGUACACGAAGCGGCUCCUCGUAUCGAAGCUUAUAAUCAAUAUUAUACAGAAAGUGUUGUUCCUUCGUUGGCAUCAUACGACGAUGGAUGUGAAGUGUGGGCUCAGGUCAACAAUAAACAAUUAUGUGACUACCAAGAGUUCCUGAAAGCAUUUAAGGACAUUGAAAAUUGGGAAGAAACCCGUAAGCUGCUUUCUUUCGAUCAUGCUAUUUACCCUACUUCUAAAGAACUGAGCAAAAAAACGAUUGUGCUUUACACUAGCAAAUUCUCCUUCAAGUUCGCUGAGUUCCAUAAUUACUUAACAAAGGCAGUUGUCGAUCACGAUAUUACCUAUGUAAUUCGAUACAGACCACCGUUGUCAAAUGUGGCUCCAGGCGCACCCCUAUAUCUUUCUGGUUAUGGUGUUGAAAUGGCGUUAAAAAAGACCGACUAUCUUGUAAUAGAUGAUAGAAAUUCCAAAGAUGAAAGCUCGAUUAAAGAUAAAAUAUCCAACAUUGGCAAGAAAAUUGGUCAAACCCUAUUCCAAGCAGGUCAAAAGGCAACUAUCAAUCCCUUAACUCCAACCGAAAUUCAGACACUUGGUUUAAAAGCUGCUCAAUAUGUAGCAAAAUCUUCGAAUCCAUUGGAAACAUUGACUAGAUUAUCUCAAGAUUUCCCCAAAUAUGCGAAAAGUCUUAGUGAUGUUGAAUUAGAUAGGGAUUUUGAGCAGGAAAUCAGUGAAAAUCAAGCGUCUUUUCUGCGCGGUGGUUCGAAUGCUGUCUGGCUCAACGGAAAAGGUCUGGAUUUUAACCAGGUCGACCCAUUUUACCUUGUCCGCGCUUUACGAACUGAACGUAAACUGAUUCAAUCCAUGCAAGAUCUUGGAUUUAAUGCCAAGGAAUCUAUACAGAUUAUUUCGAGCCCUGUAUUAGCCAAGGCAAGUAGAUCAAAUGUUCAAACUGCUGAUGGGGUUUACGAUGUUCGAGAUACACUAGAGGAGCCGUUUGUGAGAUGGUGGAAUGAUUUGGAAAAAGAUUCAAGAUAUCAAGAAUGGAGUUCGAAUAUGCAAGAAUAUCUUAGACCUGCUUACCCUGGACAAUUACCACCAGUUAAAAAGAAUCUUUUCAACUUGAUUCUGAUCGAAGAUCUUUCGCAACUUGAAUCGCUCAAUCGCAUUAUAAACGAGAUACAGAUGAUGAUUAAACGUACUAUUCCUAUUCGAUUUGGCACUGUUUCCAUCGUUAAGGAUGAAUAUAGCACAUCCACUGUUAUUGCGAAAGCUCUAAAUUAUCUCAUUGAAGAGUACGGAAAAGCUCAAGGAAUGUUUUUUCUGGCACAGAUUUUGGAAUCGACGAAACUCGAACAAAUUAAAGAACCUACCAUGGACAUUGUUCACGCUUCUUUUAAAAAAUCCGUGUCUGGAAAACCUAAAUCCAAUGUCAAAAAGCCUUUUAAGGAAGCUUUAGAAACACAAAAUUCAUUCGCUAAGUCUAGUCAAGAUUUUUUAAAGCGUUUGGGUAUAACUGAAGUUGGCGUGGAGAAUGGCGUCAUGUUCAUGAAUGGAAAACUUAUUGAGUUUAACGAGGAUAGGCCUUGGGUGCAUGUCUUGAUGCCAACUUUAACUGAACAAACGAAAAUUAUCCAAUCAAUGGUCUAUAAUGGUCAAUUAACGGAUGAUUAUGAUUUUUACGAUCACGUCUUGACACAGCCUAAUGUUGCUCGUACUCGUAACUCAUUCAUCAUGCCGUCAAACACUCACCCUCUUCGUAUACUCGAGUUUAGCAAUAUACAAAAUGCAGAAAAACUAAAGUACCUACAAGCUAAUGAGGACGAAAUACCGAACACAAAUAUCUGGGUGUUGGCUGACUUUAAUUCUUUGUCCGGUUUAAAACUUGCGCAUGAAGCACUACUAUUUGCUGAAUCAAACCCUAAGGUUAGAAUCUCACUAGCUCACAAUCCCGACAUAUCAGUAAACCAAGCUUUAAAUGUGGAUAACGAGCUCAAUUUUUCUGAUUUAUUAUUUGACGUUAUUUACUCACAAAAAAUUGGUCUAACUGAAUUGAAAAACCUUUUAUAUCGUGAAAUCGAAACACACGGUGAUAACAGGCUAUCUACGGAAGAUUUACCAAAAGCUGUUACACCGGGAUCACCUAUUAUUGAACUUGUUGCCAAAGAAAAAAGUAACGAAUGGAAUAAGUUAAGUGCUUUGUUCGAAAAGGAUGGACUUGAAAAUCCUUUCUCUGGUGUUAUCAUUAACGGGAGAGUCAUUGGCUCUCUGCCUGAUGAUGCUGAUUUUACCAAGGAGAACUUUGUUAGUCUUUUUAAUUUUGAAUACUCCAAGAGAAUUGGCCCAAUCGAGGAAGCGAUUUUUGAAUCCGAACACAAAUUUAACGAACAAAUCCAUUAUGCUGAUGUGCUUGCCAAGGUUACCGCCUUGAUUGAAAACGAUAAGAAUGAAGCGAAAAACAGUAUGACUGAAGAUACCGAUCCUGUCAAUCGUAACAGAAUAUACCAACUUAUUCAGGGUGAUACCCACUCUCGAAUUGUUGCAGGCGAUACGGAAAAUACGUUUUUAGAGAUUGGGAUGAUUAUAGAUCCUCUCAGUGAAGCAGCUCAAAAGUGGACGCCUAUUAUUCAGGCUCUUUCCGAAAUUGAUGGUGUUUCUGUUAUUAUUUACCUAAAUCCUGACAGUGACUUAAGUGAACUGCCAUUGAAACGUUUCUAUCGUUAUGUGUUUGAUAAAGAGCUUCGAUUUGAUAAAGCAACUGGAGAUCAACUUGUUCCUACCGCUUAUUUUGAAGAUCUUCCUGUUGACCCACUUUAUACUCUUGGUGUAGAAACUACAAACGCUUGGCAUGUAACAGUUAGGGAAGCUAACAUGGAUCUGGAUAAUAUUUUGCUUACUUCGCUUAAGAACAACCAACUGGGUGUUUCAGCAAUGUAUGAACUUGAAAGUAUUUUGAUUGAGGGACACUGUCUUGAUUCCACCACCAGAUCACCUCCUCGUGGACUUCAGUUUGAAAUCUCCUCCCCUAAUCAUGAGAAAAAAGACACCCUUGUUAUGGCUAAUCUAGGAUACUUCCAAUUGAAAGCUCGCCCGGGUAUUUGGAAUCUGGGUCUCCGUAAAGGUCGCUCCUCCGAAAUUUACUCCAUAGAAAGCAUUGGUACCAAAGGAAAAUGGAAUUGGAAUGCGACUGCAAAUAAAGAAGAUAAUAGCGUGUUAGCCCUAACAUCGUUCGAAGGCUUAACUGUCAUGCCACUUGUUCAUAAGAACCCGGGGAUGGAAACUGAGGAUGUUUUAGAAACGGCCGAAGACAAAAAGAGCAGUGAAGAAGAUGGAUUAUGGUCCUCUCUCUCCAAUAAGUUUUUUGGAAAGAAGGAUAGUCAGAAUGACACAGCUUUAGUUGCCCAACAGAAACAGGCUGAGAUUAAUAUUUUUUCUGUAGCAUCUGGAAAAUUGUAUGAAAGAUUUUUGUCCAUCAUGAUUGCGUCUGUUAUGGAACAUACCAACAGUUCCGUAAAGUUUUGGUUUAUUGAAAACUUUCUUUCCCCUGAAUUUAAGGACUUUGUACCUCACAUGGCUAAAGAAUAUGGAUUUGAUUAUGAAAUGAUUACUUAUAAAUGGCCAUCAUGGCUUAGAGCCCAACAUGAAAAGCAAAGAACCAUUUGGGGCUAUAAAAUUCUGUUUUUGGAUGUUCUUUUUCCAUUAAGCUUAGAUAAAGUGAUAUUCGUUGAUGCUGAUCAGAUUGUAAGAGCUGACCUUAAAGAGCUUGUGGAUAUGGAUCUUAAAGGUGCACCAUAUGGCUACACGCCUUUCUGUUCGGACCGUACUGAAAUGGAUGGAUUUAGAUUUUGGUCAGAAGGUUAUUGGAAAAACCACUUAAGAGGAAGACCGUAUCAUAUCAGUGCCCUUUAUGUUGUUGACCUUGUCCGUUUCCGUCAACUGGCUGCUGGUGAUCGUCUUCGUUCCCAAUACCAACAACUUAGUGCCGAUCCAAACUCCCUUGCUAAUCUUGAUCAGGAUUUACCAAAUAAUAUGCAACAUAUCGUUCCAAUUUUUUCGCUUCCUCAAGAAUGGCUUUGGUGCGAGACCUGGUGUAGUGACGAAAGUUUGAAAACUGCAAAAACAAUUGAUUUGUGUAACAAUCCGUUAACCAAAGAGCCUAAAUUGGACCGUGCUCGUCGACAAAUUCCUGAAUGGGAGUCUUAUGACGAUAAAAUUGAUAAAUUACGUGCGCAGGUGGCUAACAGCCAUUCUGUUCCUGUCACUAUUAUCAAUCAUGAUCAAAUUAUUAUAUCUGCACCUUCUGAUAUCAAUGAUGAGACGCCGGAUGUUACUGGCGGGAAGCAUGUUAAAGAUGAAUUGUAAAAGUGGUCGUACUGUAAUAAGUAUGUAUACUUUUCACUAAACACCGGAUGCAGUGAUUGUAAUAAUAAAUAUUGCGUGAUUUAAAAGAAAAGAUUUACUUAAAAGAUUUGAUGCACGUCCGUUG